AUGGAAGUUGCUGCAGCGAGCUACGAAGGCCAACGGCGGCGGAAGCUGCGAAGGCCAACGGCGAUGAAAGUUGCGAAGGCCCGCGACGACGAUAGCUGCGAAGCCGCCGUGGCUUGGGGCCCCGGCGAGCCCCUGGUGGUGGAACAAGUCCGGGUGGACCCGCCCCAGAAAAUGGAGGUCCGAGUUAGGAUUCUCUUCACCUCCAUCUGCCACACCGAUCUCAGCGCUUGGAAAGCAGAGAAUGAAUCCCAGAGAGCUUUCCCUCGAAUCUUCGGCCACGAAGCCGCCGGGAUUGUGGAGAGUGUGGGGGAGGGAGUGAGUGAGGUGGCGGCGGGCGAUCACGUGAUCCCGCUGUUCAACGGGGAGUGCGGCACGUGCGUGUGCUGCAGGAACCCGAAAACGAACGUGUGCGAGAGGAUGGGAGUGGACCCCACGAAGACCACCAUGGCUCACGACGGAAAGACCCGGUUCACGACGGCGGACGCGCGGCGGCGCCCGAUCUUCCACUUCUUAAACACCUCCACUUUCAGCGAAUUCACAGUCCUGGAAUCGGCCUGCGUCGUCAAAAUCGACUCCCAAGCAGCUCCCAUCAAGAACAUGACUUUGCUCAGCUGUGGCCUCUCUUCUGGAGUGGGAGCGGCAUGGAACACAGCAAACGUGGAAGCAGGAUCGACAGUGGUGAUUUUUGGAUUGGGAGCAGUAGGGCUCGCAGUAGCUGAAGGAGCACGAGCCCGCGGUGCUUCUAAAGUUAUUGGCGUCGACGUCAACCCCCUCAAGUCUAUAAUCGGGAAGCAAUUUGGGAUCACCGACUUUAUAAACCCCAGAGACUCCGACAAACCUGUCCAUGAGAUAAUAAUGGAGAUGACAGACGGAGGUGUGGAUUACAGCUUUGAAUGUGUUGGAAAUUUGGAGGUUCUGCGGACAGCCUUUUUGUCUACUCACGUUGGAUGGGGAACAACGGUUAUGUUGGGAAUACACCCGAGCCCCAAAAUGCUGCCUCUGCACCCAAUGGAGCUGUUCAGUGGGCGUAAGGUGGUGGCCUCUGUUUUUGGGGGCUUCAAAGGCAGAACUCAGCUUCCUCUUUUUGCCAAACAAUGCACUCAAGGGGUAGUGAAGCUGGAUGAGUUCAUAACACAUGAACUUCCUUUCGAAAAGAUAAACGACGCUUUUCAACUGCUUAUCGAUGGAAAGUCUCUAAGAUGUGUUUUGCAUGUUUAAGAUAUUUUAUGUCUUUCCAUAAACACUUUUUUACGCCAGGAGUUACAUAAAUAAUUUAAAUAAACGAGCUGUCAUGUUUGUAAUUUGAUAUGUAUUGUUAAUGAGUUUAAAUAAAUUAUUAAACUCUAUUUAGUAAUUA